AUGAGCGGUCACCUAAAUGGCCGAUUGAAGUGCAACAAUUUACUCGCGAGUAUGCUAGAUCGCAUCAGAAGCAUGGAGGACGCCGUAACCAAGCAACAUGCGCAUCCCAACACGGUACUUCACUGCUUAUACGGCUUCUACAAUCUUGGUUAUUCGCGCAAGGAGCUCGCUCGAAUCUAUAACAAGUCCGACACCACGAUAGGCAACUGGAUUCGCGUCUACGAGGCUUCAGGGACGUUUGAACGAGCAGGAAAAUCGAGUGAAAGGAAGUUUUCAGCCGCCCACCGGUCAUAG